AGCUGCAGGGAGAGAUUAAAAGAGAUUGAGGCCAAGAUAAUCCUUCUACAGCAGCAUCCCAGAACACACAGCUGCCAAAAGGCCUUCGGUCCAAUGCUUUUGUCAGCCUGUCACCACACACUUUCGUCUUCUGGUUCUGAACAAGAGGCAUUUCCCUCGAAAGUCUGGUCCCAUUGGCACCCUCUCCUAACACCUGCCUCUGAGGUGGGUCCCACCAGAGCUCAAAAAGGGUCUCCAUACACCAUACUUGACCCUUCCUCAGCCAUUCCCUUUAACUGCCACACUAUAUGUAGAUAUAAUUUUUUUCUGGAUUAAUCGGCGUUGUAUUAAUGCAGUACUAAUGCACAAAAACAAAUUAUAUCAAACCCUGUGGUUGUGUUUUUCUUUCUUCCAAAAGCACAUUACUCUCCCUCGCUGUCCCCUCCCCAUCCACCUGCUUUGCAUUAAGUCCCAAUCCGAUUUCCCCAACUCGCUGGUGUCUGAUUUAAUUUGCCUGAUGCUGCUCCUGGAAUUGGCCCUCCCCCAAACCCUUGCCCUCCCUCCACCGUAUCUCAGCUCCCCACAGGGAGACCUAUCCUGGGAGAGGAUGAGACACUAGGAGAGUGAGGGAGAGAUACAAGGCGUGUGGACUGGCGGCUGGUGCCGGAACAGGGACGGCAGAAGUUAGCUAGUGCCGGGUGGCCAGCGUCUCCUGGGCCGAGGGAGCCCACCUCCCCCCCGCUGGGAGCUAGGGGGUCCUGAGCAGGAGGAACCCGCCCGUAGAGUACGGAUCCGGAAGACACAGAGAGGGCAGUCCAAAGCUAGUCUGUCAACAUGGGUGAAAUAGAGCAAAUGAAGCAAGAGUCAGAGCAGCUCAAGAAGCAGAUUGAGGAAGCUCGAAAAGCUUGUGCAGACACUACACUUGCUCAGCUCGUCUCUGGGAUUGAAGUGGUCGGGCGCAUACAGAUGCGCACACGGCGAACCCUGCGUGGGCACCUGGCCAAGAUCUAUGCUUGUCACUGGUCCACAGACUCCAAGCUUAUGGUCAGUGCCUCGCAAGAUGGAAAGCUCAUUGUGUGGGACACAUACACAACCAACAAGGUCCAUGCCAUCCCUCUCCGCUCCUCCUGGGUCAUGACCUGUGCCUAUGCCCCAUCAGGGAAUUACGUGGCCUGCGGAGGUCUCGACAACAUGUGCUCCAUCUACAACCUCAAGAGCCGCGAAGGGAACGUGAAAGUCAGCCGGGAACUCUCGGCACAUACAGGCUACCUCUCCUGCUGUCGAUUCCUGGAUGACAACAAUAUUGUGACUAGUUCUGGAGACACUACAUGUUGCCUCUGGGACAUUGAAACUGGACAGCCGAAGACAACCUUCGUAGGCCACACUGGCGACUGCAUGAGCCUGGCUGUCUCCCCAGACUUCAAGCUCUUCAUCUCUGGGGCCUGCGAUGCCACAGCCAAGCUAUGGGACAUCCGGGAGGGAACGUGCCGCCAGACGUUCCUGGGACACGAAUCGGACAUCAAUGCCAUCAGUUUCUUCCCCAACGGUGAGGCCAUCUGCACUGGCUCUGACGAUGCUACCUGCCGCCUCUUCGACCUCCGAGCAGACCAGGAGCUCAUUACCUAUGCGCACGAGAGCAUCAUCUGCGGAAUCACCUCCAUCGCAUUCUCCCGCAGCGGCCGCCUCCUCCUGGCUGGAUAUGACGACUUUAACUGCAACAUCUGGGAUGCUUUAAAAUCAGAGCGUGUGGGAAUCCUGUCUGGGCACGACAACAGGGUGAGCUGUUUGGGAGUAACUGCAGAUGGCAUGGCCGUGUCUACUGGUUCCUGGGACAGCUUCUUGAAAAUCUGGAACUGAAGAUGACGCGAGAGAAGAUAACAGGGAGCCCUCCCCAGGCAUAUUAUAUAUUGAAUACGACUACUACUAUUACUGACAUUUCUGCUUGUUCUAUGCAGACCUAACAGCCCAAAAGACACUUCCCUACCUAAAGGAGAAACUUGGAGAGAGGGUUCGUUCACAUAGGCCAAGUUUCUCCAAGCCCUCUCCCUUUCUCCCUGCCCCAGCUCAGGGGUCCCUCGCAACUGUGACUGUUUUCAGGGUGAUGCCUCAGUGAGACGGGGCCUCCUAGGAGCCCUGCCAGGAGCUUCCUUCACAUGAAGGUACAAGACACAAUGAGAUCCCAAACAGCUUUCUGAGGCUCCGGUAUCAAGAGGCACUCUGAUCCCCAUUGGGGACUUAUUUCAACCCUUUCACCCACUUGUCUUCCCAACAAGGUCCUCAGACACAUCACAGGCAGUUUAACUCCCUCCAGGAUACAUAGCAAAUUUCAGUCACGUGGCCUUGUGAGGCUACUACAGCUAGGCUUCUGCAUUGAUCUUUAUUCACUUUUCUUUCAAAUAAGGGCAAGGGAAUGAUUUAGCUCACUGCUUUAACCUAUACAUUGCACAGGGAGGGUUGCUGCCCGAUCUUGAGCACCAGAGCCAGGGAGUGGUUAAUGUAAAUCCUAUUUAUUGUCUGCCUGUAGCCAUCCCUUCUCACACCGCCCUAGAAUUCCUCGCCCAUUAUGUACUGUUUAUGCUUCCUACGCCAUCAUUCUUUUGGUUUCCUUUAGCCACUGCUUUGAGAUGUAACUGUAUCAUACAGGAGUUUUAUAGCCCAGGCAAAAUAAAGUUGACACAUAAGA